AUGGAGACCGAGCGACCACUGAGCAUUCUGCCGUCGAUCAAAUGCUCCGACUGUGGAUCAGAGAUCCAGAUCUCUGCUAUGGGAGAGCACGUGUGCCCAACACAACAAAAGGAGGACGAGCCAGUCCAGAAGCCUACAUCGCCAGUCACAUCACCUUCGACAGAGAAGCAGCGAAGCCUGCUACCGCCCAUGAAGCAAGGCCUGAACAGGCCGCCUACAAGACCGGCCAGGGUUCCGCUGCCUCGCAUAGAUCCGGCUGCAGCCAACAAGCCAUACCAUGCGCGACAAGAACUUCUUUCCCCGGACGGUACCGUCAAUCCCGGACGUCGUACACCAUCAACGCCGCACACUGGUAGACCCGGUCGUUCUCCUGCGAUGCGCAGUGUUACUAGCCCGAGUCCAAGACUGCCACGAGAGCCGUCGCAAGAGCUCACAGGAAACAUGGACUGCGCAUUUCCUCCCUUCCCAACGGCAAGGUCCAAGACGACUGUAAGAGCUAAGAGCCCAGUACCAGAUGCAUUCUAUGCUCCUCGAAGCCCCAUUGGUACAGGAGGUGCCACUGUUGCGCGCAAAAUGGAUACAAUUGCUCCCGGUCCCUUCAACGCACCCGCGCGUAGCUCAUCCAGAUCACCUUCAGCAAAUGCAGGCGCUCAAAAGCCCCCUGCUAUCACCAUUGAUCAACCUCCGGCAGAGAGAGCAGCUUCGCCUAUCAUGAGAUCGGCGUCGCCUGUCAGCUAUGAUAGACCUGACUCUCCUCCCACCAGAUCUGCUUCGCCUCCUCAAGCGCCUGCAUCACCUGCCCUGUCUUCGGCCUCGACUGCUUCUGUUGGCACAAAUCGUGAAGGUCGUCCAAUCCCGCAAAGACCUGUCAGACCAGAACCACUAGACGGUUUCCUUGCCAUGCUCAAGAGCGAGUCCGAGGCUGCUGGUCAACAACUGUCAAACAUGACAAUUCGUUCAAACACGUUCCCUCUUCCUCCCACAACACCAAAGUCGCCCGAGAUUGGCUCUGUUGUCAGAAGCCCUUCGGCCCCACCAACCAGACAGCGACGACCGACCAUCUCGGCUCCCUCGCAAAGUGCACCUAGCGACACUCUUCCCACAAUGUCUAAUACUGCCGCGCCAGCACUCCCUCCAUUUCCCAUCAUUUCGACGGCUGGAGCUCCUCCACUUCCACCCCUUCCAUCCGCCGCCGAACUCCAGAAGCAUGCUCAUCCUGUCGUUCACGCGCCCUCAGAUUCUGCCUCUUCAUCCUCAUCAACGCAAAGCUUCAAGUCGGAUAUCAGUCCACCAGUUUCGGCCUCCUCCAGCGUUUCAAUGCUAUCAACCACUCUCGCUGACCUUUCCGACCCUUCCCUUGUUGUUCCCAGCCUGCAAAUCAAGAGCAAGCAAAACAACCGCUUGAGCCCCGAAGAUGCCUUCAAGCCCAUCCCUCUCGCUCCCGAGCGACAACAAUCACCAGCGCCGCUCGAGGAGAGACUGGAUAGUCCUACCGAGAAAAUGGAUCGCUUCCCACUCAGCCCUCCUCGCGCACCCCACGAGGCUGAGUUCCCCGAAUCGCCAGUCGUUCCCGGUUUCCUCCCCAAGCGCCCUUCGAGCCCAAUGUCUUCCACAUCCACACCCAUGGCAUCUCCUCCAACAGAGCAUGGCUUCUCUUCUAGACCCACCUCCUCAAGGCGCCCUGGAACCUCGUCAAAGCACAUUUGCAGAGGAUGCAGCGAGCCUAUCCAGGGCAAGUCUGUCAAGGCUGCUGACGGCCGUCUAACUGGUCGUUACCACAAGCACUGUUUCGUCUGCAAGACCUGCCGUUCGCCUUUCGCGACUGCCGACUUUUACGUUAUUGACAACAAUCCUUACUGCGAGCACCACUACCAUGAGCUCAACAACUCGUUGUGCGCUCACUGCGACCGUGGUAUUGAAGGGCCGUACCUUGAGACCCAACAAACCCAGAAGUUCCAUCCUAGCUGUUUCACCUGCAUCGACUGCCAAAAGCCGCUCAGUGACGACUACUUCGAGAUCGCCGGAAAGGUCUAUUGCGAGCAACAUGCCUUUGCAUCAAGGAACAUGGAACGAAGAACAACCCGCUUCAUGGUCAUGUGA